CAUGGGCACCGCGAACAAGCAAAAGAAAAACUUCGCAAAAUCUCCAUCAAUACCCGCUCCCAGAAAAUAUUAUAUAUCAAGAAUACCAAAAAACGGCGAUUGCUACUCACCGGAAUACAUCGAUAAAAACAUUAAAAAAGCGAAUAAAAACCCAAUCUUCUGAUUUCAGCUUUGAUUAUCAGAAAUUAAUGGGGAUGAUGGUGUUAAUGCACUGAUGUCAAUGUUCUGGAUUGUGAUUCGUCAGCUAGGCAAUGGCAUCAUCAAAGAAAGUGAUUACUCGGGAGGAAUGGGAGAAGAAGCUCAAUGAUGUAAAGAUUAGGAAAGAAGAUAUGAAUAAGUUAGUGAUGAAUUUUCUUGUCACAGAAGGUUAUGUUGAUGCUGCUGAGAAAUUUCGGUUAGAAUCUGGAACUGAACCAGACAUAGAUCUCACAACUAUAACAGAUCGCAUGGCAGUAAAAAAGGCUGUACAGUGUGGAAAUGUCGAGGAUGCUAUUGAGAAAGUUAAUGAUUUAAAUCCUGAGAUAUUGGAUACAAAUCCACAGCUGUUUUUCCAUCUUCAACAGCAGAGGUUAAUAGAAUUGAUACGGAACGGAAAGGUGGAAGAGGCUCUGGAGUUUGCCCAGGAGGAGCUCGCACCAAGGGGAGAAGAAAAUCAAAGCUUUUUAGAAGAGUUGGAGAGGACUGUUGCAUUAUUGGCUUUCGAAGAUGUCUCCAACUGCCCUGUUGGAGACCUUUUGGAUGUUUCACAGCGCCUGAAGACAGCAAGCGAGGUUAAUGCAGCCAUCCUCACAAGCCAGAGUCAUGAAAAAGAUCCCAAGUUACCAAGCUUGUUAAAGAUGCUAGUGUGGGUUCAAAACCAACUUGAAGAGAAAGCCGCUUUUCCUCGCAUAAACAAUUUAUCUAAGGCAACGCUAGAAGACCCAGCUGUUUGAAAAGGUUUGUGUGGAGGAUUGCAGCUGUCUGGAUUGAACACAUAAAGCUUAAUGGAAUGAUUUGUAUUGCUUGUACCAAUAUUGCAAAAAAUGUAGCUAGAAAUUUGUUGGGAUGUUUGUUAUCUUCUUAGAUGACAGUUGCUUGAGUUCUUGUACAAUUGAUUGUCAAUACCUUUUUCCUUAUAAAAAUUGUGGGAUUUGGUCGUCAA